GUGUGUUGUACAACGCAGUAGUGAUGUACUGUUAAUGCCUUAGACUUAGAGCAUUAAGGUCAUAGAUUUGCAUUUAAUGUCGGGCGGCGAUUAGCCAAACGAAUUACUGUGGAGUUUGUGUGUAUAUAUCUGUAUAAAGUACCGUGCGUGGUUUAACGUCCUUUUGUGCAGUCAUUUUCUCCCACAGUUGCUUUUUGUGCAUGUAAAAAUAAUGACAGCCCAGAAUUAUUUGCUUGUGCUGUGAAUUGGUGUUUUUUUAGUGACAAAAAACAGUCUGGUACAGCACAAGGUGAUGACAUAUAUUUUUGGUCCAUUAAAAAAAAAUGUUGUCCCAUAGUUUUGUGGAAACUUGUUUGUAGUUACAUAAUUUCCGAUAUUUUAUCACAGUGAAAUCUGUCCCCACAGUUGAUUAGUAUUUUUAAAAUUUUCAGGUUCGACAAUUAAUUCACCAGCCUGUCCCUGAGUCAUGUUCCGACCCAGACAUGGGUAAUUACUCGUUGAUUGAUUCAUGAUGCCUUUUUUUAUUUCCCCCGCAGGCCAUUGGGCAUCCAAGGCCUCCGUCCAGGUCACGUGCAACCAAUCCUGAGCGAGAACGGGAACCAGCUGACGUUGGUCAACAACACAGCCUCGUCUGCGCCUGCAGGUGCGUCGGUGGGUGUGGGUGUAGUAAUAAUCUCCCGCACGGAGCUCCAUGGUUGAAUAGACUCUCUGGGCGUCUCAUGCAUGAGGGAGGGCCGGCACCUGGCCCUAACUUCACCGCCAGGUUAAUGAAUUUUCAACCUGUGGCUCGUUAAAACUGAGUGAUUGACAUUUUUUAUUCAGGAGCAGCCCGGAGAAGGAAGAGCAGGACGAGGUGGAUGCCCGGAGCUUGCUGUUCGUCCAUCCUUCUUUCCCUUAUUCAGCUUGAACAAUGGCACCAUCUCUGGUGGGAGCAUGCCGCAUUUUAGCUCUCUCAACGUGGCUGCUGUCAUUCUGUUUUGUCCACCUGCUGUGUCUGGACUUCACGGUGGCGGAGAAAGAGGAAUGGUACACCGCCUUUGUCAACAUCACCUACCUGGACCCGGUCACAUCGGAGGUCAAGACGGAGAAAACUGAGUGCGGGCGCUACGGCGAGCACUCGCCCAAGAAGGAAGCCAAAGGUCUGGUUCUGGUACCGUCUCUCCCCCAGGACAGACAGGGCUGCGACCCCUAUGUCCGUUUCCCCCCUGUGCCCCACGACACCUCCUGGGUGGCUCUGUUGGCUGCGGAAAACUGUUCGUACCAGGAGAAAAUCCGAAACAUCGCCAACCUGAACGCCUCAGCUGUGGUCAUAUACAACACCGGCUCCAGCAGCCCCAACGAAACCAUAACCAUGGCCCAUCCAGGUACAGGUGAUGUCGUUGUCAUCAUGAUCCCAGAGUCCAAAGGUCGGGAGAUCGUGGCCCUGCUGGACCAGAAAAUUGCCAUCAUGUUGUACAUCACCAUAGGCACCCGCAACUUGCAGAAAUAUGUGAGCCGGACGUCGGUAGUGUUUGUCUCCAUCUCCUUCAUUGUGCUCAUGAUCAUCUCACUGGCGUGGCUCGUCUUCUACUACAUCCAGAGGUUUCGCUAUGCAAAUGCACGAGACCGCAACCAGCGGCGACUGGAAGAUGCUGCCAAAAAAGCCAUCGGCAAACUCCAGCUACGGACCAUUAAGAAAGGAGACAAGGAGACCGAAUCAGAAUAUGACAACUGUGCAGUUUGCAUUGAGGGUUACAAGCCAAAUGAUGUCAUCAGGAUAUUACCAUGCAGGCAUGUGUUCCAUAAACACUGUGUAGAUCCAUGGCUGCAGGAACAUCGCACGUGUCCCAUGUGUAAAAUGAACAUUCUUAAAGCCUUAGGAGUCCCAUUCAAUGCAGACUGUUCAGAAGACAUGCCUCCUGACUAUGAGACGUCCAUGGCAGGCCCACCCACCAACCCCAUCAGCGGGGCGAGUGAGAUUACAGUGAACGAGAGCCUGGUGGUUCUGGAUCCUGCAGCCAGGGCUGCGGCUCUGGAGCAGCUCUCAGCUGACGCCAACACAGCACUACAGGCCGGAGUCAGCCGUAUCAUUGCCAGCAGUGAGCACCAGCCUCUCAGCAGUGACUCAGACACCUCCAUCAUAAUGGAUGUAGAGGUAGGUUUGUCUGAUGUAGACAUGUCCACAGAGCGAGACGGAGACGUGUCCAAAUCCUGAGCUUUCGAAGGGUGGACGCGGGAAGGACAUUGAGAUGGCGGUGGUGGUUCUUAGAAACUUUCCCAGGAGGAAGUGACCUCAUCGAAGACGGGGACAUAUGCAAUACAACCCACAGCAGCACAAACUCCUGGUUCUGUCUUUACUACCUAGACAAACAGACUGUCUCUGAGAGACAUGUCCAGAGCUCCAUUUGUCACGGCCACACAGUGGUCACUCCAUAUGGUCAUGGUCUAACUGCUGUUUACAUACGUAGUGACGUGUGCCUGACAUGAAGAAGAGCAGCAUGGGAUCGGUUACACUUGCUGCAGCUUUAAAUAAAUAAAAAAAAAAAAACAAAACAAUCAUUUCAUUGAUGGUGUCACAUCACUGCCAAUGUUUGUCAUAACGUUCAUGUAGCACAGCCACAAGAAUCAUCUGCACAAGAGCUGGUGUGGAGCCGGCUUUUUUUUUUUCCAGCACCAGACACGGGAAACGUUUUCUACUGUAGACCCUGUAGAACAUUCUAAGCUGCUGCACUUCCAACUGUUUAAAAAAAAAAAAAAAAACAGCUGUUGAGUUCGCGUCCUCUCACUUGACAAUCAGAGCUUGCCUCGAGCAGUUUACAGUGAUGUCGUGCACUGCCCUGUUGAAACCGCUGCUGGUUUUACAAGAAGCCACAACACGUGUCCUGGGCUCCGAGUCUGUGUGUGUGCGUGUGUUUGUGUGCGUGUGUUUGUGUUUGUGUGCGUGUGUUUGUGAGGACGGUAUCGUUCGUGUCUCCUCCACUGCUGCUGCAGUUUUCCUCUCCAAAGCGUCAGUGUGUACGUGGUUUAAUGUCAAACGUCCUAAUAUUGUUGUCAACAAGUCCGUGCCAAGUUGACCGGAGGUGUUAGAACAUGGCUCCCAAUUCCUGUACGUGGUUUUAUUUUGGCUGCCCAUUACUGAUGAAGUCGGUGCACGACGACAAACACAAGAAGUGGAAAAAGUAACUUUUGUUUUUUUUUUGUUUUUUUUUUGACUGGAGAGGUUGUUUUUUUUAAAUACUAGGACUUUGUGAUGCUGGGAUGUUUUUACAGCAUGACACGAUGACAGCAUGGAAAUGUUUACAGUGACGGAAGACAAAUCUUUUACUCCUUUGAAAAUAGUGAAAGGAAGAUGCAUGAACCCCAGUGUUACUACAGCUGGGUCCUCACAGAUACUAUCAAUCUAGCGUUAUUGACUUGACAUUUUUAUUAUUAUCCAUCAUUUUGUGUUUCGUCUCUUUGAAGAAUCACUCCUGUUUUAUAUUUGCUACUGUGUAGUCCUCAAAAUUUCAUUUCAACUUGAUAAUUAAUUCAUUAAGAACUCAAACCUCAUUUCCCCACAAAUUACCAACUAAUAAUGUUUUUUUUUUUUUUUUCGUUUGGGAAAAACUUCUUUGCUUUCCUCUGUCAAACUCAAACCCAGCUCUCCUGCACAACAUUCCUGGGACUGUGGGGAAUGUGGGGCUGGGAAGAUCCUACUCAGAAAACUGAAACGGGAGAAAUGUUGAGAAGGUUUUUAUUUCUAUAUGAUUGCUGCAGGUCAGAAACAUUUGACCUGUUACAGACGUGGGAUUGUUUGGCUGUGGAUGAUAUCAUACAGAUCAGGGGUCACCAACGUGGUGCCUGGGGGGUAUCUGGUAGCCCCCGUGGACAACUACAAUAAAACUAGUCAA